AUGAUUAAACAUUUCGAUCGGAGUGACCGUCGGAUUCUCAAAUUCCCGGCUGUAAACCCUUGCCAAGGAGCUUCUCCGGCGACCCUUCUUGUCUCUCUGACAAUUCUCUCCCGCAAAAUACUCGACUUCCAAUCCGUAUGCUUCGCAACACAAAAGCGAAACUGCAGAGAAACAAUCCGGCAGAUUAGUCUUCUUCACAUUUUUUUCGAGGAGCUUUGCACCAGCGAACCAGUCCUCUCUGACUCGGUAUCUCUCAGCUUCUCCGAGCUCCACCUCGCCUAUCAGAAAAUCUGGUUUUUAUUAGCGGACUGCUCUAGAGAAGGUGCUAGGCUUUGGAUGCUCACAAAAUGUGAGUUUCUUGCAACUCAGUUUCGGGUUCUGAUACGAGCAAUCUCCACGGAUCUUGAUGUUCUUCCUUUGAGCUUGAUCGAUGUAGAAGAUGAAGUGAAGGAGAUGGUUGAGUUAGUGAGAAGGCAAUCAAGGAAGGCUAAGUUUGAGCUAGACGCAAGUGAUAGAAAUGCCAAGAAGUUGGUGCUUUCGAUAUUGGAUCAGUUCGAGAAGGGAAUUGAGCCCGAUUCGGGUGAAGUUAAGCGGGUUCUUGAUUACCUUGGAAUCAGAAGCUGGACUCAUUGUAACAUGGAGAUAAAGUUCUUGGAGGAAGAGAUUGCUUUCGAGUAUUCGGAGUCCGACGAAAGAGAGGUUCCAUUUCUGAGCAGCUUGGUUGGGUUUUUGACCUACUGCAGGGGAGUGAUUUUUGAAAAGUCGGAUAAUGGAAACCUCGAUGAGACUCAAGCCGAGUUCACGUCCAACAUGGAGGUGUUUACUUGCUUAAACACUGAGGAUUUUAGGUGCCCGAUUUCCCUGGAGGUAAUGCUUGAUCCAGUGAUUGUAUCUACAGGGCAGACUUAUGAUCGUUCUUCAAUUCAAAAAUGGCUCGAAGGUGGAAACAUGCUCUGUCCCAAAACAGGGGAGAAGCUCAUGAAAACUGACUUGGUGCCCAAUUUGAUUCUCCGAAAGCUGAUUAGAAACUUCUGUGCCUACAAUGGCGUUUCUCUUGGAUGGUUGGGAAAACAAAGCCGUGAUAUAACGCGAACAACUGUGCCCGAUAGCCAGGUAGCUUCGGAAUCCAUGAAGUUUCUCUCAAUGUAUCUCACCUCCAGGCUUGCAUUUGGUACUAGUGAACAGAGAAACAAGGCUGCGUACGAGAUUCGUUUGCUUGCUAAAUCGAACAUUUUCAACAGGUCUUGCUUGAUUAAUGCAGGAGCAGUACCAUGUCUAUUGAACCUGUUGUGUUUUACUGGUUCAUGUACGCAAGAGAAUGCAAUGGCGGCCUUGUUGAAGCUCUCAAAAUAUGGAAGUGGCAAGAGAUUGAUAGUUGAAGGCAGGGGACUAAAUUCAAUUCUUGCCGUGCUUAAACAUGGACUGACAUGGGAAGCUAGGCAAAGUGCAGCUGCAACAAUUUUCUACCUGUCUUCGGUGAAGGAGUAUCGGAAAUUGAUCGGAGAAACACCCGGCGCUAUACAGGGUCUUGUGGAUUUGAUGAAGGAAGGAACACCAUGUGGGAAGAAGAACGCUGUGGUGGCGAUUUUCGGGCUGCUUCUCUCGCCCAAAAACCACCAUAGAGUUCUUGAAGCAGGCACGGUCCCGUUGCUCGUUGAUAUACUAGCCUCAUCAGAGAAAGUUGAGCUUCUAAGUGACACACUGGCAGUUAUCUCAUUGUUAUCUGAGAAUACAGAAGGAGCAUUCGCAAUUCUUAGUGCGACAUCCUUGUCUCUGAUCACCGGCAUUCUUCAAUCUUCGACAUCCCAAACUGCGAAAGAGCACUGUGUUGCGACAUUGCUGGCUUUGUGCAUCAAUGGUGGUGCGGAAGUUGUUGGUCUAUUAGCCAAGAACCAAUCGUUGAUGGCUUCCCUGUUUUCGCUUUUGACAGAGGGAACAUCCAAUGCAGGAAAGAAAUCGCGUGCCCUCAUCAAAAUUCUGCAGAGCUUCCAUGAAACCAGCUCCUCCGGGUGGAUACUGAGCUCCGCAGUUCCAUGUGAACUUGCCAUUUACCGACGGUGACGCAUCGUCUCAAAUUAUUUCUUGCAGUUCAGUGUAAAUAGUAUACGUACACUUGAUCAUAGCUCAGUUUUUGUAGGAGCUAUUGAUAUGUGACCCUGUAGAAGUUAGAUACCAUUAUAGGGUAGCAUCUUUUUUGCAUAUA